AUCAUGGUAAAUGCUGCUGAUUUUGAUUGCAAGUGAGAAUAGGCUGUUUAAAUUUCGUCUGCUGUUGAUUCAGAGAUUUGCGCCAUACGCCAUGGAUUUUCAUGGCAUGUACAAUAAAUUUAAGCGACUCGUGUGGUUUGAUGCUUGCAUUGUACGAAAGUAAUGUAUUCCAGACGCGGCGUUUCCAAAUUGCGCAGUACUAUACCAGACAUUUAAUCUUGCGCAAAAAUAUUAUACAAACGAAUUAAAUUUGUUAUUUAGUGUUUACGUAACUUGCAUACGUCAGUUGAUUAAAUUAAAUGAACUAUUUGGUUAGCAAAGUUUCACAACAGCAAGAUGGAAUACUAGAUCAGGGCCUCUUAUGCAAAUUCUUUAACGCUAUUACCUGCAACAUGUAUGUGAGUUAAAAGUGGGAACGGGCGACUUAAUUUACAGCGUUAAUGUCAUGUGAAUUGAACAUUUUAUGAUGAUGGGUAAUGUAAAUUUUGCGCAAGACGUUCGUUAGGAGGAAAGUACAGUCUCUUCUCCAGCAGUAUUGUGUCCUCAGCUAAAUCCUUAAUAACUGGAUGUAGAACUGUCAUCCCCACGAUGGGGGACACGGUUCUGGCCGACCUGCCGGACGAGGUCCUGCUCGAGGUGUUCUCGCGGCUGCCGCUCGCCGACGCGGUAACGUGCGCACUGCACGUGUGCGCGCACUGGCGCCGGCUGUUCCGGUUCCGCGCCCCGUGGCGGGGCCGCACCUACGAGGCGCCGGACGAGGCGCAGGCGGAAGAGGCGUACCUGGUGGCCCGCAUGUUGUCGACCGGGCGCGACCUCACCCUCGAGGCGGGCAACCGCUUCUGCCUGCGGGCUACGGAGGACUCGGUGACGGUGCGCUGGGACAUCUUCCAGCAGGAGAAGUUCGAGCUUCUCACCGCCGGGAGCCGCGUCCAGAGUCUCAGCAUCCCGGGCGACUUCCUCGUCUGGUCCAACGUCACCAGCCUGGCCAGGUGUACGCCCCAGCUGAGGUCCCUGACUGUCGACAACGGCGUGACAGACUGGCCAUCCGCGGAACUGUCGGACGCCUUGGCGCGGCUGCUGGGUUCCGGACUGCUGGCGGAGCUGCGCUCGCUGACGGUGGAGGGCGCGAGCAGUCGGGGCGUCGAGAUGGACGGUCCCCUGCUGGCGGCGUGCUGCGGCUGCCCGCACCUGGAGCGACUGCACCUGCAGUGGACGGAGAGGCUGGGCGCACGCGGCCUCGCGGGGCUGGCCGACCUCGGCGACCUCCGCCGCCUGCGCGUCAGCUCCGUCGCGACACUGCCCGCCGUCGACUUCCUCCCGGCCGGCCUCGAGGAGCUCGAGCUGUCCCGCUGUCACGGCGUGCGACUGGACGGCCUCGCCGCGGGACCCGCCCUGCGUAGGCUGGUGCUGGACGGCUGCGCCCUGGAGGGGGAGCGCCUGGCCGGGGCAGCGUGCCGGCUCGCCUCGCUGGAGGAAGCGAACCUCGCGGGCAAUCGGCGCCUCCGUGACCUCUCCUUCCUCCGUCCCUGGGUGCGCCUCCGCACUCUCAAUCUCGCGGACUGUGACAGCUUCGACGGGGAUACCUUCGGCACCCUCGGGUUCCUCGGGCAGCUCCGGUCUCUGAAUCUUUGCAGGUGCGACCUGCGCAACGUCUCGCUGGAUGCCGUGCUGGGGUCGCUGCCGCAGUUGGAGGAGCUCGUCCUGUCGGGGACGUCGGUCGUGGGUGGCCAGUCGUGUGCCGCCAGCCUGCCGCCCGGACUGGCAGAGCUGCACCUGUCGUGGUGCGCGUGGGUGGACGCGGCGGUGGUGCGGGAGCUGCGGCACCUGGGGCGGCUGCGUGCCCUGCGCCUCUCGCGUUGCGGCGGUGUAGUCGGCUGGCAGCAGCUGGCCGCAGACCUGCUGCCGCACCUCCCCGCUCUCGAGCGACUCGACGUGUCGGGCUUGGGCGGCAGUACGGGGGAUGGCGUGCGCGACCUGUCGUUCCUGCGGCACUGCCCGCAGCUGCGCACCCUGGACGUGGGCGAGAAUGCCGGCCUGCCGCCCGCCGCCUACUCCGACCUGCGGCACGCGUCCGGCCUCCGGCACCUCGACCUGCACGGGUCCGACUUGGAGGGUGUGCCGCUGCAGGAGACGGUGGGACGGCUGUCUGAACUCGAGACACUCACCGUUUACGGGUGCCGGGGUGUCGGACAGGAGGAACUGCAACGGCUCACCGCAUUCCUGCCGAAACUUAUAAUAAAGGGCAAGGUGCGGCCGUGA